GGAAUGGCUCCCGCAAAGAAGGGUGGCAAGAAGAAGAAGGGCCGUUCUGCUAUCAACGAGGUGGUGACCCGGGAAUACACCAUCAACAUUCACAAGCGCAUCCAUGGCGUGGGCUUCAAGAAACGUGCCCCUCGAGCACUCAAAGAAAUCCGGAAAUUUGCCAUGAAAGAGAUGGGGACUCCAGAUGUGCGCAUUGACACUAGGCUCAACAAAGCUGUCUGGGCCAAAGGAAUAAGGAAUGUCCCAUAUCGAAUCCGUGUGCAGUUGUCCAGAAAACCAAACGAAGAUGAAGAUUCAUCCAACAAGCUCUACACUCUGGUGACCUAUGUACCUAUUACCACAUGCAAAAAUCUACCGUCAAUGUGGAUGAGAACUAACUGUGCUCACCACACACAGGAAAAUUACUUGAUAGUUCUUCAACAGCGAUCUGGUUGUAAUAGCAAGCUCCUGUGGAAGCACAGGUUAAGCAUUUGGCUCCACCUGAGUGAAGAAGUGAAAGGAUUUGAGAAAACUUUCCAGAGGAAGUGGCCUGUCCUCGUGAUUCAAAGGAAAAUAACAGUUAUACAGGAGAAGGGAAGGAAAUCUGAUGGAGAGCAGAUGCUGGAGCUUUACGGUAUUGAGUGUUGUGGAGCAGAAGCGACGGAAGGUGUACUGCGAAAUGGUCAAGGAGCCACCAAGACUGGGACAAGUUAA